UGUUUUCUCACAGCGUCCUGGUAUAGUCCUUUGAACUCCUCCACCUUUUUUGGGAAAUUGCCGUUUCCGUCUUUCUCCCUUUGAAGGCUGAGGGUCCAUUAUUGCUUCAUCCAUGCCAAAGCGGAUAAAUGUUUUCUCUGCCGAUGUGUAUUGAGCGUGCAGAUUCCAUUAAAACUCCUUUAAACAGACCUGCGGCCGGACCAUCGUUCCAGGUGUGAUUGCUUCACACCUCUGCUGGCCCGCAGACGUCUGAAGUUGCUGCACGGCCGCUGCAGUGCCGGUCGGCCCCGAUGGCAGACCCAUUCACACAUCUAGACAGCUUUACCUUUGAUCACAGGAGGAUUUAAAUCCGGCGAGCGCACGGAUCUCAAGCUCAGUCAGUCAGUCACCGGGGAUAAAGCGGAAAGGAUGUCUGCAGUUCAGGGGAAUAUGCGCGUCGGGGAGGCGAACCAGUUCCACAUGUAUCACGAAGGGCCUCUGCAGAUGAACAACGCCGUGAAUCCAGAAUGUGGACCUCCGGACGGUGGAAACUACUUCAACCCCGCAAAUCCUGUUCCCAGGGCAGACAAAUGCGUGGCAAUGCUGACCCACAGGAGAAAGAGGACCAAUUUCACCCAACAGCAAAUCAAGGUGCUGGAGAAAGUUUACAACGACACUAAAUAUCCCGACAUCUUCCUACGGGAGAGACUGGAGGCUCUGACAGGGCUGCCGGAGUCCAGAAUUCAGGUGUGGUUUCAGAACAGAAGGGCCAAGUCUCGUCGCCAGGUUAGCUCAUCAACGUCUACAAAGGUCAGCAGCACGCCAGCAGCUGGUCCCUUUAUCCAAGUCCAGAACAGGAUGGCUCCGGAAAAAGUUUGUGACAAUCUUCACAGUGCUCAAGUACAUCAGAUGGGUGGUUUUGGACUAGAGGAAAGUUUCAGGUCUACAGUGCACCUACAAGGCAUCGAGGACACCCACAGGAACACUCUUCCAAGCAAACCCAGCAGCUACGCCCAAGCAUCUGCCUCCCGCAUCUAUGACAAGGAGGGCGCCAGAAUGAAUCCAGAACACAUGCAGCGACACAAGCAGAGUGCUGGCACUUCGAGCUGCAGCGUCCCUCUCUAUCCCAGGAGAGAGCACCAGACAAACAUGGACGCCAACAUGACCAACAGCCAAGCUCCAAAGGUUUUGGUGGAGUAUGACAAUUUCCCACCAAACAAAACCAUUGGACCAGAGAUGAAAGUUGUGAUUCCUCCCAUCCCAAUGCAGAACCCCUUCAGCACACCAUCAUCAUCUAAGGACAACAGAUGCCAAAUGCAGUAUCCGCAGGCGAGGGCCAGCGGGGACAGGUUCGAUCACUUUUCCCAGAUCCCCGCCAGAAAGAUGCAGGACUUCUCCGACUCGGAUUCUGAUUGGGAAAAUGAAGCAAUGGCAAACUUCAGUGGCUUUAUGUGAUGCAUUACAAAAGCUACAUGUAUCAUAAGAGGUGUGAGAGUGUAUUUAUUUUAAAACUAUAUAUAAAAAAAAAAA